AUGGCGCAGGCGCGCAGCCGGUUUGUGUUCCGUGUUAGGAUUGGACUGAAGUACAAUGUGUCUCUACCCAUGGCUGCAGGGGCCCUGUUAGUGGAUCCCUACUCCAUCUCUCUCGUGGCCCAGUGGAUGUAUGGCUGGCCGAACAAGCCUGGCUAUAAAAAGUACAUUGAGGCGCUGAAGCCAAGGAGGAUAUACUGUCUGACUAGAGCUGUGCUGGAGAUGCUGAAAUACUUCCAGUACGGAAAACUCUACUUCCAGUGGAAGUCCUGGUACAAGAAUGUAGAAAACCACAAGCAUUAUGAAAAGGGCAUCGCGUUUGGUCGUCGUAGCAACCGGCUGGACUUGUACUAUUCUCCCACAGUGGCCCAGCCAGGCAGCGGACCGGUGCCCGUGGUAGUGUUUAUAUACGGGGGAGGCUGGGGUUCAGGGGAGAGGUCCAUAUACUGUCUACUGGCCAUGCAGAUGGCUAAGGAGCUCAGCGCAACGGUGAUCUGCCCAGACUAUUGCACAUACCCGAAGGGUAAUGUUUUGUGUAUGGUUCAAGAUAUUGCCGACUGUCUCGUUUGGGCGAGGGAGAAUGGCCAUAAGUUCAACUUUGACAAAGAUAACAUGGUGUUAGUCGGCCACUCCGCUGGGGCUCACCUAGCAGCUCUAACCGUGCUGUUCAUGGUCGAGGGACGAGACGAGCUCUUUAUAGAAGCCAAGAAGCAGACAGAGAUCACCAUGGCAAUCAGAGGAGUUACAGGUUUAAGUGGAGUUUACAACAUAAUGGACCACUACGAGCAUGAACAGAUGAGAGCUGUGGAGUAUGUCUCUACGAUGCACAAAGCCAUGAACGGACUAGAGAACUUCCCUUAUUAUUCACCCACACACCUACUGAAGGAAUUCAGCGAGGAGCAACUGAAAAGAGUGCCGCCUUUCUGCUUGCUGCACGGAACGAGUGACAUCAUAGUUCCGGUGGCAUCUUCCCAGAGGUUCUCUGAGCUGCUCACCUCCCUCUCGAUCAAGGUGUCCCUGUACCUCAUGCCUAAAAUGGACCACACCGAGAUUGUCACCGAUCUCAUGGCGACAGACAGGCACUUCUACAACGCGGUGUACAGCUGCAUCAAACAGGAGUACAGCAAGUUCAUAGGUCAGGUCUGUCACUGCUGAGCGUUCUUCUAGACCGGUCUUCUGCACAACAAGGAAACUAAACUUAACUUCAAUACAUUAUCCAUUCAUGAUGUGCCGCAAUUCUUCGUUUACAUAUUUUUCAGUGCAUUAUUAUGAUACCUUGACCUUACAGGAUUGAACCUGUUUGACAUAAAAACAUUUAGCAGUUUUAUCGCUCCGUUUUAAUCUCAGUAAUGAUUCCUCUUUUUUAUUUAUUUAACUAGGCAAGUCAGUUAAGAACAAAUUCUUAUUUUCAAUGUCAGCCUAGGAACAGUGGGGUUAACUGCCUGUUCAGGGGCAGAACAACAGAUUUGUACCUUGUCAGCUCUGGGAUUUGAACUUGCAACCUUUCAAUUACUAGUCCAACACUCUAACCACUAGGCUACCCUGCCGCCUCUACACUCUAACCACUAGGCUACCCUGCCGCCUCUACACUCUAACCACUAGGCUACCCUGCCGCCUCUACACUCUAACCACUAGGCUACCCUGCCGUUCUUCUUCCUCUGGUGUUUGUACUGUGCGAUUGAUGAUAGUUCCUGCGAUUGUAAACAGACUGAAUGGUAUUCAUGAUAGUUCCCUGAUCGUAAACAGACUGAAUGAUAUUUCUGAUAGUUCCCUGAUCGUAAACAGACUGAAUGAUAUUUCUGAUAGUUCCCUGAUCGUAAACAGACUGAAUGAUAUUUCUGAUAGUUCCCUGAUCGUAAAUAGACUGAAUGGUAUUUUAAUAUAAUAGCUGCUGGAUCUGAUGAAGGAUAGAUACCAGGCAAACUAAACAUGCAUUUGACAUAUUUGACCUACAGUAAGUCUGGUGUAUGAGAAUAUUGGUUUAUCUAGGAUGCCUGUGAGCUAUCCUAGAGGGCCCAGUAUACAGUAUAUCCAGACUCAGCCUUUAUAGAAAUAUCGUUAUAUGACGUAGACAUGAUUUCCAAUGGGAGUCGUACCGUCAACGUCCCAUCCAUUUUCAUGGACAGAAAAGUUUCAGAUGAGUUGAUUGGUCGAUGAAGACGUUGGCCAAUCAGACACACUCUGCACGGACCAAAAUGAAUCCCUUCUAAUUCUGUUUCCGUUCUCCACGGAUCAGUUUGGCCACGCCCUCAUAUAGCCAGUAUUAUGUGUACCAUGUGGAACCCUAAAUGGCACCCUAUUCCCUACUUGGUGCACUACAUUUGACCAGAGUCCUAUGGGCAGUGCACUACAUAGGGAUUAGGGUACGGUUGGGACAGAGACUGAUAGCAGUUCUAUUGUAUAUUUUCUACUGAUAAUCUGUUGCAUUAAUAUGGUCAACCCAGGGCACAUCAAAUCAAAUCAAAUGUAUUUAUAUAGCCCUUCGUACAUCAGCUGAUAUCUCAAAGUGCUGUACAGAAACCCAGCAUAAAACCCCAAACAGCACCUCCUACCCCCACCUCUACUCCUCUACCUCCAGUAACUAGUAUCUACCUACAGUAACUAGUAUGCUGUACAGAAACCCAGCCUAAAACCCCCAAACAGCAAGCAAUGCAGGUGUAGGUGGCUAGGAAAAACUCCCUAGAAAGGCCAAAAUCUAGGAAGAAACCUAGAGAGGAACCAGGCUAUGUGGGGUGGCCAGUCCUCUUCUGGCUGUGCCGGGUGGAGAUUAUAACAGAACAUGGCCAAGAUGUUCAAAUGUUCAUAAAUGACCAGCAUGGUCAAAUAAUAAUAAUCACACGCAGAACAGUUGAAACUGGAGCAGCAGCACGGUCAGGUGGACUGGGGACAGCAAGGAGUCAUCAUGUCAGGUAGUCCUGAGGCAUGGUCCUAGGGCUCAGGUCCUCCGAGAGAGAGAGAAAGAGAGAAUUAGAGAGAGCAUACUUAAAUUCACACAGGACACCGGAUAGGACAGGAGAAGUACUCCAGAUAUAACAAACUGAACCUAGCCCCCCGACACAAAAACUACUGCAGGAUAAAUACUGGAGGCUAAGACAGGAGGGGUCAGGAGACACUGUGGCCCCAUCCGAGGACAGCCCCGGACAGGGCCAAACAGGAAGGAUAUAACCCCACCCACUUUGCCAAAGCACAGCCCCCACACCACUAGAGGGAUAUCUUCAACCACCAACUUACCAUCCUGAGACAAGGCCGAGUAUAGCCCACGAAGAUCUCUCCGACACGGCACAACCCAAGGGGGGGGGUGCUAACCCAGACACAUUACCUUGUUUAUGGUCAACCCAGGGCACAUUAUCUUGUUUAUGGUCAACCCAGGGCACAUUACAUUAUCUUGUUUAUGGUCAACCCAGGGCACAUUACAUUAUCCAUUUUAUGGUCAACCCAGGAGAACAUUACAUUAUCUCAUUUAUGGUCAACCCAGGGCACAUUACAUUAUCUUGUUUAUGGUCAACCCAGGGCACAGUACAUUAUCUUGUUUAUGGUCAACCCAGGGCACGUUAUCUUGUUUAUGGUCAACCCAGGAGAACAUUACAUUAUCUUGUUUAUGGUCAACCAGGAGAACAUUACAUUAUCUUGUUUAUGGUCAACCCAGGGCACAUUACAUUAUCUUGUUUAUGGUCAACCCAGGGCACAUUACAUUAUCUUGUUUAUGGUCAACCCAGGAGAACAUUACAUUAUCUUGUUUAUGGUCAACCCAGGGCACAUUACCUUGUUUAUGGUCAACCCAUGGCACAUUACAUUAUCUUGUUUAUGGUCAACCCAGGAGAACAUUACAUUAUCUUGUUUAUGGUCAACCCAGGGCACAUUACAUUAUCUUGUUUAUGGUCAACCCAGGGCACAUUAUCUUGUUUAUGGUCAACCCAGGAGAAAAUUACAUUAUCUUGUUUAUGGUCAACCCAGGAGAACAUUACAUGAUCUUGUUUAUGAUCAACCCAGGGCACAUUAUCUUGUUUAUGGUCAACCCAGGAGAACAUUACAUUAUCUCAUUUAUGGUCAACCCAGGGCACAUUACAUUAUCUUGUUUAUGGUCAACCCAGGGCACAGUACAUUAUCUUGUUUAUGGUCAACCCAGGGCACGUUAUCUUGUUUAUGGUCAACCCAGGGCACGUUAUCUUGUUUAUGGUCAACCCAGGGCACAUUAUCUUGUUUAUGGUCAACCCAGGAGAACAUUACAUUAUCUUGUUUAUGGUCAACCAGGAGAACAUUACAUUACCUUGUUUAUGGUCAACCCAGGGCAGAUUACAUUAUCUUGUUUAUGGUCAACCCAGGAGAACAUUACAUGAUCUUGUUUAUGAUCAACCCAGGGCACAUGACCUUGUUUAUGGUCAACCCAGGGCACAUUAUCUUGUUUAUGGUCAACCCAGGAGAACAUUACAUUAUCUUGUUUAUGGUCAACCCAGGGCACAUGACCUUGUUUAUGGUCAACCCAGGGCACAUUACAUUAUCUUGUUUAUGGUCAACCCAGGAGAACAUUAUCUUGUUUAUGGUCAACCCAGGGCACAUUACCUUGUUUAUGGUCAACCCAGGAGAACAUUACAUUAUCUUGUUUAUGGUCAACCCAGGAGAACAUUACAUUAUCUUGUUUAUGGUCAACCCAGGGCACAUUACAUGAUCUUGUUUAUGGUCAACCCAGGAGAACAUUACAUUAUCUUGCUUAAUUAAAUGUUAGGACAUCAACUGUAUAGUACAUCUGAUUAAAUGCAUUCAGUACAUUGUUCUACAGCGUUGGGGUCGAUUCCAUUUCAAUUCAGGAAAUAAACAAUUCAACAGGAUUGAUGGAGGUAAUUGGAAUUUCAGGGUACUUCCUGGAUUGACCCAAAACCUUGUUACUGUAUUUAACAUGUUGAAUAUCUGCUGUUAAUAGUUAUGCAUAUUGGUUCAAUAAAGCUAUUAACACGUGUAAAA